CUUGUGUAAGUUCGCUUCCGCCGCCCCUGCGCGCAGCGCGUCUCCUGCUGGGUGUCGCGAUGGAAGUAGAAAAGUUUGAAGACUCCGGAGCUGCUGAUGUCUGAAGGCUCGGACCGCUCUCCUGUCUCGGCUCCUGUUUUCCUGAGGGACAAAGAUCCGUACCAUCAUGGCGAGCCCGCAGGUGACCACAGAAAAUUGGUCUCAUGAUGAAGACGAUGUGUGUUGUCUGACUGAAGAUCAACUCGACUCCAUCAGAAGCAACACUGAAGAACGUCAGUUUUUUGUGGUGCAUUACCUGAACGAUCUAAAGGAAAGGGGCGUGCCUCCGCUGCUUCCUAACACGCCCAUCACCUGCAGAGUGGAGAACACUGAGAGAUAUACCACUCGCUCCAAGGUGCGUGUUUGUUCCCUGUAUACGGUGCGUCUGACCCAUGGUGAAUUCACAUGGACCAUAAAGAGGAAGUAUAAGCAUUUCCAUGACCUGCACAGAGACCUGUACAAGCACAAGAUGAUGCUGCAGUUCCUCCCACUGGGGAGGUUUGCCAUUCAGAGGCAGCAGCUGGAGAGCAUGACUGAGGAGAUGCCCUCUCUGCAUGGCACCGAGAGAAUGGGCAGGACAUCCAGCAAACCGAAAUACCUCGAAGAGUACCUGAACAACCUUCUGGAGAAUUCCUUCUGCAAGAAUUACAGUGGCAUGAUGGAAUUCCUCAGCAUCAGCCCUCUGUCCUUUAUUAAAGAGCUUGGACCUAAAGGCCUGGAGGGGUUUGUUUUGAAGAGGUCGGGAGGUCAUCGGAUCCAUGGCCUCAACUGCUUCGGCCACCAUCAGUUCUGUUUCCGCUGGUCGCAACGCUGGCUUGUGGUCAAGGACUCGUUUUUGCUCUACAUGUCCAGAGAUCCAGGUCUGGUGUCCUUCGUGCUGCUUUUCGACCCCGAGCUGAAAGUCCUGGUGGACCGUCACUACACGGAUACGAAACACGGAGUGUGUAUCGAGACCGUCAGCAGGAAGCUGGUCAUUAAGUGCAAUAGCUACAGGCAAGCCCAGUGGUGGAGUCAUGAGAUUCGGCGUCUGUCGGAACGUUGUGAUUUCCUCCAGACUCACCGCUUUGACGGCUUUGCCCCGCCCAGACCCGACUCCCUCACCAAAUGGUACGUGAAUGGGAGUGGAUAUUUCUCGGACUUGGCAGACGCACUGGAGAAGGCGAAGGAGGAGAUCUUCAUCACCGAUUGGUGGUUAAGUCCUGAAGUUUAUCUCAAGCGUCCUGCGAGAGGGACGUACUGGCGUCUGGACCAGAUCCUCAAGCGCAAAGCAGAACAAGGUGUGAAGGUGUGUGUGCUGUUGUAUAAAGAGGUAGAGUUGGCUUUGGGCAUUAACAGUGACUACAGUAAGAGAGCCCUGAUGGGCCUGCACCCAAAUAUCAAGGUGAUGCGUCAUCCCGAUCACGUGGCCUCCGUCAUCGUCCUGUGGGCCCACCAUGAAAAAAUGGUGGCCAUCGACCAAUCAGUGGCCUUCGUUGGUGGGCUGGAUCUUGCCUUCGGGAGAUGGGAUGACAGUAACUAUAGGUUGUUUGACGUCAUGGACGUGCAACCAGCCAAUCCCAGUCCACGUCCAGUUCCAGAGGCUGAAGAGGGGGAAGCCGUAAAAGUUCCUCUCACCGCUGGAGAAGGUUGUGAUGAGGUCGAUUUGAGCUGUAACACACAGUUAUGGUUGGGAAAAGACUACAGCAACUUCAUUAAGAAGGACUGGACACAGCUGGACGAGCCUUUCCAAGAUAAUGUGGACCGCACGAACGUGCCACGCAUCCCAUGGCGUGACCUCGGAGCGGUGAUUCAUGGGAAGGCAGCUAGAGACCUGGCACGCCACUUUAUCCAGCGCUGGAACUUUACCAAGAACUUUAAAAACAAGUAUAAAGCCAAGUUUUAUCCGUACCUGCUGCCCAAGAGUCACACUACUGCCAAUGAGCUUCCCUUCAUCGUGCCUGGAACAGCCAAAGCAUCUGUACAGGUGCUUCGCUCGGCAGAUCGCUGGUCGGCCGGGAUAUGUGAAUGUUCCAUCCUCAACGCUUACAUAGACACCAUUGAGAACAGCCAACACUACAUUUACAUAGAGAAUCAGUUCUUCAUUAGUUGUGCUGAGACUGUUCACAACAACAUAGGAGACGCUAUUGUCAAGAGGAUCCUGCGUGCACACAGUGAGAAACAGAAAUACAGAGUGUUUGUGGUGAUUCCUCUCCUGCCUGGAUUCGAGGGAGACAUCCGUGGGGGAGGAGGCAACGCCAUCCAGGCUAUACUGCACUUUACCUACAGGACAAUCAACCGUGGAAAAUACUCCAUUUUAUCGCGACUCAAGGAAGAGAUGCAGGAUGAAUGGACGCAGUACAUCUCUCUGUGUGGCGUGCGCACACGCGCCGAGCUCGGCCACACGCCCAUCACUGAGCUCAUCUACGUCCACAGCAAGGCGCUGAUCGCCGACGACCGCCGCUACAUCAUCGGUUCAGCCAACAUUAACGACAGGAGCAUGAUGGGAAACCGGGACAGCGAGCUGGCGGUGCUGGUGGAGGACGAGGAGAGGGUUCCGUCCCGAAUGAAUGGAGAGGAGUACGAAGCUGGGCCUCUCGCGCUUGCCCUGCGAAAGGAGUGCUUCAGGGUUCUGUUGGGGGCUGAUUCUGACCCCUCAAUCGAUAUCGACGAUCCAGUCAGUGAUCAUUUCUUCACCGAGGUGUGGAACAAGCUCGCCCAAUCCAACGCUUCCGUCUAUGAAACCGUUUUCCGGUGCCUUCCGUCAGACUCGAUCCGUAACCUGCGAGAGCUGCAGGAACACGUCAGCGUGGUGGCUUUGGCCCAGAAUGACCCGGAGAAAGCUGCUGAAGAGCUGCGCGCCAUCCGCGGCAUCCUCGUCCACUUCCCCCUGCACUUCCUGUGCGAGGAGAACCUGCUUCCUUCAGCCGUCAGUAAAGAGGGGAUGGUUCCUCUGGACGUGUGGACUUAGUUUUGUUCUGGACUGUUAAAAAAAAAAAAAAAAAAACACUAUUCCGGACGUGAUUAUUUGCCCUGUAUUGGCUGUUUUUGGUGAGAUAGUGGACCAAAAUGUUUCCUGUCUGUGGUCAUGUGACGAGGAUUUGGCUAGGUGGUUGGAAAGUGAUUAGCUGAAGCAAGCUGAAGUGUAGUGACUCAUGUUUCUAUGCAGGAGGAAUUGUGCGCUCUCCUGCAGAGGGUUUUGUUCAAAAUGGCUCAGAGGAAGCUGGAGAGAGCCGGGCUGUUGUAGAUUUGUAAAAUGGCGGUGUUGUAUAUAAAAGUGUGUGUGAGAGAGAGAGAGAGAGGAAGGAGUGUUUAUGGAUGAAAUGAUCAGGACAGAACGUACAUUUUGUGUUGCAGUGGUAUGUAGGCGGACUGCACCACUUUCUCAACCUCUUCUUCCUAUAUCUCUUCAUUUCUCUCUCUCUCUCUCUCUCUCUCUCUCUCUCUCUGGUGCUACACAUCUCGGUGCGGCGCCAGCAAAUCUGUGCGAACAUUUGUGGUUGUUAUGGUGACAGGUAAAAAAAAAAAAAAAAAAAGAGCUGACUGAGAGGGAGAGAGAUGGAAGAGCGGAAAUGAGAUAGGAAGUGUAGAUAAACAGCAGAGGGAUGCAGCAAGAAGGGAAUCGGUUUUAAAUGGUUUUAAAAUGGUGAUUUAAGGAGGCGAGAGGGAGAAGGAUGGAGGGAUUGUUUUAAGAGAUGAUGAUGGAGGGGUGCGCAGGGGAAGUGAAGAUGCAAUAAUAUCCCUCCCCCUGGGAAUUAUGGUUAUGUAAUGCAGUUGUUCUCAAACUUGAUUGUUUGGGGGGGGGGAACUAAAACGAAGCGCUGGAAGAAACGAACCCAGAUGCAGCCUGGUUAGUGCCCUGAAUUUAAUCCCACGUUCAAACUGCUUAUGUAACGCUGUAAUUGACUCCCACUUAAAGGAGUAUCCAUCAGCUCUCAACCUGAUGUCCGUCCACCGCAGGAUCCGUAUGCGAUUUACCACGGAGAAGAAUUUCGAAACGUUUCCCUGAAUUGAGAAAAGAGCACCAAAACUCAAUAAGAAUGGGGCACUCGUUGAAUUAUGUUCAUGAAUAUGACAAAAUGUGCAACUAAUGUAUUUGAUGUAUUUAAAAAAAAAAAAGCUGCCAUUACACUGGUACAGUGAAGAUGAGGUGAACAAGAUGCAGGAAAGAGCAAACCAGAGCCAAAACUCUUUAAUCUGAUUUGCAAACAAUAUAGAAACUAGAGGGGUAAUUGAUAAGGUGUAUACUGCCGACAAGCCCCAUAUCCGGAUUUGCAUCAAAAUCCAAUCAGUUGUUCCUCAGCCCAUGGCUCACCUUUCCACCAAAUUUCAUCGAAAUCCGUUCACUACUUUUUGAGUUACAUUGGAAACGGGCAAAAAAGAAAAAUCCUGGAUCCGCAUACAUAUCUGGAUUCUGGAUCCACUACAUAACCGGAUUUGCAUCAAAAUCCAAUCAAUUGUUCCUCAGCCCAUGGCUCACCUUUCCACCAAAUUUCAUCGAAAUCCAUUCACUACUUUUUUUUUUCUUAAGAUUUUUUUGGGGCUUUUUUCACCUUUAUUAUUGGAUAGGACAGUGUAGAGACAGGAAAUGAGCGGGAGAGAGAGACGGGGAGGGAUCGGGAAAUGACCUCGGGCCGGAAUCGAACCCGGGUCCCCGGAUUUAUGGUAUAGCGCCUUAUCCACCUGAGCCACGACGCCCCGUUCACUACUUUUUGAGUUACAUUGGAAACGGGCAAAAAAGAAAAAUCCUGGAUCCGCAUACAUGUCUGGAUUCUGGAUCCACUACAUAACCGGAUUUACAUCAAAAUCCAAUCAAUUGUUCCUCAGCCCAUGGCUCACCUGUCCACCAAAUUUCAUCGAAAUCCAUUCACUACUUUUUGAGUUACAUUGGAAACGGGCAAAAAAGAAAAAUCCUGGAUCCGCAUACAUAUCUGGAUUCUGGAUCCACUACAUAACCGGAUUUGCAUCAAAAUCCAAUCAAUUGUUCCUCAGUCCAUGGCUCACCUGUCCACCAAAUUUCAUCGAAAUCCAUUCACUACUUUUUGAGUUACAUUGGGAACAACCAAAAAAAAAAAAUCCUGGAUUCUGGAUCAAAAACCUAAUCCCAUCUCUGAAAGAAUGUAUUGUAAAAAAAAAAAUACCUUGAAUCCAUUUUAUUCUAGAACAGUGAAGCAUCUUGAAAUUCGUUGUGUUGGUACUGAGACACACUACAGAUCUACAGCUAGAAGUACAGUAUAUCCAGAUUAGAUUAACACUGGACUAUCCCUUUAAAUGUUUGAAUUUUCCUUUGGUUGCUACGUCUGAAACUAUACUAAACAGUAUGUCAGAAGCCGACCACACAUUGGAACAAAGCAUACUUUUGGACUCUCAACUCAAGAAACCACAUCCUGCUGUGAUAGUGUAUCGUAUAGAUACCGGACAACCCAUGCAAAGCAAACACCGUGACACUAAGCAACGUUGUUUAUUUUGUCAACCUUAAAGCUCCAGACACUACAUUAGAUCUAUGAGCCGUCAUCGUGGAUGGACUCUUUCAACAAUUCCUGAUCCUAUCAGCAGUCGUUCAAAGCUUAGUCAGGGUCGCGGUGGUUUCAAUUAUUUUGGGAAACCAACUAAAAUUCGUUAGCAAAUGUCGCAGGCAGGUACAACGAUAAGAUGCACACACUGUACAUCUCUGCUUGGGGCCAAUUAUGAACUCGAGUGAUGUAGCUGAGGUUGAGGAAGCGUCAGUGCCACAAUUGCAGGAAUUGGUCACGUGUCAAUUUUCCCCAUAGCAAUAAGCCCGUAGUGGGCAAGUUAACGUGACGUUCUUUGACAACCAUAAGAGUUUGACUGGCGAUUUGAAGCAAUCCAUUUCUAUAAUAGCUGUUUUUAGCUUUUCUACUGUUUUUUUUUUUUUUUUUUUUUUAAACCCGAAUUUUCAUGUGUACUUGGAAAAAGUUUGUGGUUUUAACUUCUGUCGUAAGUUAAAGCGAAUCAUUGGCCGUAAAAGAGAGGGGUUUUUUUGGACUCAAAUUGGUCGCCGCCGAAAGUGCAGGAUCUCAUGGUCAAAAAAACCUGGACAGGGUGCAAACUACAGUAAGGUAGAAAAAGAGAAGUUAUAAGUUAUACCUGAGAAAUCCGCCAUUUCGCAAGUGAAUUUCUUUCAGCGGCGACCAACUUGAGUUGGUCACGGGCUUGUUGCUAUGGGGAAAAUUGACACGUGACCAAUUCCUGCAAAUGGCCUAUUCAAACACCAUACUGAUCCUGCUGAUGUUUCUACAUCUGCAGGGGUGUUCCCCCCGUUCCCCCCCCCCCCCCCCCCCUUCAAGGGCACAGAUGUCUCAUUUGGUUCACGUCCACUCCAGACAUAAAUCUUUGUUUUCCUCUGGAGCGCUAACUAGAUCCAGAUAAAGGUCCAGAUUGUAUCGUUGUUGCAUUCCUUCUGAACAGUUAAUACGUCAGGUUGUCGACCAACUAUGAACUUCAUACUGCUAAUACUUGUAGGUGGUGAAGUAUUUGACAGAAAACAGUAUGGGUGCUGUUAUACUGUUAUACUAACAGUAUGUUCAUUCAUAGACCAUGUACAGAAACCCUAUGCUAACAUGUUAGAGUAAUAUUACUGUUUUGAUAUAGUAUUUAGUACAGUAGGACACCCACGGAAACCUAGCGAUACUACAUCGUAUGCAACUAUUUCUGACAUUCCAUUCCUUCAUUCCAUUUAUAAAAGUAGUUUUGGUUGAAGACUUUCUCUGCUACAUUACACAAUGGUUUAUUUUGCAUUACUGACCUUUUUUUUCCUACCUUCAAUUAUGCUUCGUGAUUAUCAGUUCAUCAGUGUAGGAGUUUUGUCGGUGACUUUUAAACAUAUAGUUAGUGCAAUACCUGUAUAAUCUACCUGAAAAAUCACUUUUUUUUUUUAACACACUUUUAUGGUGGUCUAUUUUUGUAUACCAUGUUCUUCCUUUUUCUCCUAAAUGGUAGAUAUUUUAUCCGAACCCUAUGCAGAUUCUAAUGUAGGGUCCUCACUCAUACUUUGCACCUCACCGAUACAGAAUACAGAUACUGACGUGAUAUUUCUAUGUGAUUUAUUUUUUUGUGGCUAGCUAUCUAACUAUUUAACUAACUACCUGACUGACCAGCUACUACUAGCCCAGUGAAAUGUUCAAAAUAAAGUAUCAACCUUUCCUAAA